AUGAUAACUCUCCUCUCCCCCCACUACAAAGCCCAAGAGGUCACCAAAGGUGAUCUGGUCAUCGCCUCGACCGCGCUGGGCUUCACCAUUGGUUUUGGGUGGCUCACGGUUUGGAAAGCAAUCAAACAGACCACGGGUAUCUACCGCCGCCAUGGGAGGCGUGUGUUUCGAAAUGCCUUUGCGUUCUAUUUCACAAUUCUUACGACAUGGGCUCUCCAGGUCCAAUUCCUCCUGCAGAUCAUCGUCAACCGAUGCGGCAUUCUCCUCACCCACAAAAACAAAGCCUACCGACUCAAAGUCCUCGUCGGAAUUUUAAUAACCGCCGUCAACAUUUCCGUCUACUGCAUCUGGAUACCAGCGCGAUUGCAAAUAUCAGAGCGAUAUAUCCAUAUCAACGAAUGGUGGGACCGAUGCGAAAAAGGCAUAUACCUCAUCGUCGAUGGCUGCUUGAAUUUCUACUUCAUACACAUCGUGCGCAUGAAUCUCAUUGUGCAUGGUCUCACGAAGUACAGGAGAUUGACGCACUUCAACAUGUUCAUCAUUGGAUUUUCCCUGAGUAUGGAUGUUCUUAUCAUCGCCAUGAUGAGUUUGAGAAAUACGUUUGUGUAUAUGCAAUUCCAUCCGUUGGCAUAUAUCGUGAAACUACACAUCGAGAUGGCCAUGGCCGACCUCAUCGGCAAGAUCGCGCGCGACAAACACUGCGGUGUCAUCGCGGAAGGCACCUUUUCGAGUACUGUCAGCGACGGCGCAUACCAUUUAGAAGAUAGAAUGGCGACCGAGAGCCAGACCAGGUUGGCAGAGGGUAGACGUGGCUGCAAUAUUUCGAAACCGAGACGCAUGUUCCGCUCAUAUUCAAGAAGAACGGGGGAGUUUCAAAGAGACUUGCCGGAGCCAUGA